AUGGCGGGGAGAAGCUUCGAAGAAGCGGCACAAGUGCUGCAGACCGAUCUUCUGGAAAAGCAAGCCAUGAACGCCAACAUGGGCGACGAGGUGCGGCGGCUUCGGGAGGCCAACAAGGCCUUGGUACGCCAGCUUCGGCAAUCGGAGGUGGAGCGUGGCAAGCUGCUCCAGCAGCUGCAACAGGUUCGAUGGCAGCUGGGCAUUGCGGAGGAGCCAAGUGGGGUCUGCGAUGACCCCGGUGGCCCACCGCCAAGCAGUGGAGAUGAGAGUUCCGCUUACGUGUCAACGGUGGACCAAGCCGAGGCCGAAGCAGUUCGUCCACAGCUCCAAAUGGCGCCAGCGCAGCAGGAUCGGCCGAAGCGCACGGCCAGUGCUGCGUUGCGACCACAACCUCGCCAGCUUUUUGCCUUGGGCGCUGCACUGGCAGCAUUGGCAGGAGGUCUGCACCUUUCCGGCAGCGGCAGUGAUGCCAUGCAAGGUGCUACGGCCGAAAACAUGCUGCAUGGCAUCAAUGCCAGUCGCUCCACACCGGGAGGCGCCACGUCUUCCCUGGGCUCCAUCUCCGUGAUCGCUCCCGAGUCCUUGCCGUCAAGGGCCCCGCCCAUGACCUUCACUGCCCGCGGCAAGAGCCCGGAUCUGAUUGUUUACGUGGAGCAUCUCAGAGCCCGGAACCUCGAGGAGCGGCACCGGGCUGUGAUGAGCCUUUUGAGCACUGCAAGAGAGGGCGUGGCGAUGCGGAGUGCCAUCCUCCAGGCUGGUGCAGUGCUGCCAUUGGUAGAGCUACUGCGCGACUCCAGCGCGCCAAUGCUCCAGGAGGCAGCCGCGGCUGCCUUGGGAGUUCUGGCAGCAGAUGGAGAGGCUGCCCAGUCAACGCUUCUGCGUGCCGGUGCAGUGUCCGCCCUUGGGAGGCUCUUGGGAUCCGACUCCUCCGUGCCGACAAAGGCUGCGGCAAGUGCGAUACGAAAUUUGGCGGCUAAUCACAACGCUGCCCAGCUCGCCAUCGCAAAGGCAGGGGCCAUCACGCCUUUGAUCAACCUCCUCACUCACUCUGACCAGGGUGUUCAAGCUCAGGCGGCAGCGGCGCUUGGAAACUUGGCUGGCGACAGCUCCGAGAACCACUUCGACAAGCAGAUGAUGAUAGCCCAAGCCGGCGCUGUUCCACCACUAGUUCAACUCCUGGAACGGGCAUCGCCGGAACUGAGGGAAGCUGGGGCCUCUGCCUUGCGAAUGCUUGCCACGAACAAUGCCGACAACCAGGUGGCAGUGGCCCAUGCAGGGGCCAUCCGUCCUUUGGUUCGCCUUCUGUACGACGAGAUGGCCAGCGUCCGGGAAGAGGCGGCUGCGGCUUUGGGCAACCUCGUCUUUUACAACGACGAGACGAAUGCCGGAAACCAGGCCGCCAUUGCCGAAGCCGGGGCACUGCCCAGACUUGGAGCUUUGCUCCAGGACAAGGCCGCGGCCGUUGCCGAGACUGCUGCUGGGGCUCUGAGGAAUUUGGCGGCACAGAACUCGGCCAACCAGGAUUCCGUCUGCCAAAGCGACGCCCUUCGGAGCCUGGUGGGGCUGCUGAAGGAGUCGCGAGAGCCCAAGGCGCAGGUCGAAGCCGCGGGAGCCAUCCACAACUUGGCGGCUGGAAACACCAGAUGCCAAGGAAAGAUCGUGGAGGCUGGCGGACUGCAGCCGCUCGUCUCGCUGCUGAAGGAGGAGGCUCCACGAAUGCGCGAAGUUGCGGCGGGAGCUUUGUGGGCCUUGGCGAGGGACAAUCCGGAGCUGCAGAAGGCCAUCGAUCGAUCGGGCAACAUCUAUGCCGAGCAUUUGCCCCAAGGACAUCCAAAAAACUGA